AUGAACUACUCAAUGCUUGAGAAUGAGAAGGUGUCAUACCAGAAAUGGGACGGGGGAUACCCAGCACCCAUUGGGGCCAAGGUGGUCUUCACUUGUGAUGAGGGAUUCACGGAUGGAAUGUCGGAGCACCAGGCCACCUGCUCCUCAAUCCCUGAUCAUUGGUGCACUUCCUUCCGUUCUGGCAAAGUGAAAUGCUCAAAACCGGUUUACCCAGAGUGCCGGAAAUCGGAGAGAGGAAAGGAGUACGUGGGAAGACGAAACGAGACUGUGACGGGGAAGGACUGCCUCAGAUGGGAUUCCAAGCCCUACGGGAAACCGAACGACUUCAUGGCCACGCUUCUUUACGAUGAGCAUUUCUUCAAUGAGGACCCGAGUUCCCAUGAAAACUAUUGCAGGAACCCCUCUUCGAAGGAAAGAUCUUGGUGUUUCAUCUCGGACUCAAAAAUCGAGUGGGAAUUCUGUGAAAUUCCCCUCUGCGAAGAUCACGGUAAAAUAAUUAUGCGUGUAACUUGUCUGAGGUCAGCCAAACGCUAA